AUGUCGAGUUUCUCAGCAAUGUUGAUUGUAUUUUGUGCGUGUCCGACAAUAUUCCAGUGGUCUCAAGUCGGUGCCGCGAACAUCCUGGCGGUGCCUACGGUCCCGGACCACAGUCACUGGAACGUCAUGCGAUCCGUGCUCCGAGCGCUGACGGACCGCGGCCACAACUUGACUGUGUUCACUUCGUCCCUGGACGGCAACAGGGAAGGUUACACGGAGGUGGACGUGUCUGCAGAGCAAAGGCCACCGCUCGCCGACGUAGAUGCGACGCACCUGAUCGAAACGUUCCGCAAGCAGGGACAAUUGAUUCCGAUCGCGGCGAACGAAACUCGGUCGAGUUGCGACGAUAUUUACGGAAACCGACUGAUGGCGGAAAUCUUGAACGGGGUGGCCCCAAAAUUCGACUUGGUCAUCACCGAACCGUUUAUGUCGGAGUGUGUGGCGUACGUGGCCACCGUUCUCCGCGUGCCAAUGGUGUACGUGUUCGCGCCGCCGAUUGCCACGUUUCUCGAACGUCCGCUGACCGGACACGUCCCGAACCCGGCGGCCGCGGGGCACGUGCUGUCCGGCCGCGGAGUUCCCGAAACGUUUGCAGAACGUUUCGCCAAUGCGGCGCUAACGGUGUACUGUUCUACGCUGAUGUGGUACGCCGAGUGGAAUCUUCGGAGGACCAAUCCUCGACCAUACGACGCCGUGGAACUGGUGAAACCGUCGGUGAUUUUCACCAACACGCAUUUCAUCACAGAACCGUCUAGGCCGCUGACGCCGGACGUAGUCCAAAUCGGUGGCAUACAUCUGACCCCGCCCGAAUCGAUACCGAAGGAUAUUUUGGAAUUCAUCGAUGACGCGACCCACGGGGUAAUAUACUUCUCAUUCGGAUCCAUAGUUUCGAUGUCGUCAUUACCGGAAAACGUUCAAAGCGCUUUCCGAGAAGUGCUCGCCAGGCUACCACAAAAGGUGUUGUGGAAAUACGAUGGUGAAAUGAAAGACAAACCGAAGAACGUGAUGACUCGUAAAUGGUUUCCUCAACGUGACAUACUUUUGCAUCCUAAUGUGAAAUUGUUUAUCAGUCACGGAGGAGUAUCCGGAGUGUACGAAGCAGUGGACGCGGGCGUGCCUGUACUAGGAUUCCCGUUUUUCUACGAUCAACCGAGAAAUGUUGAUAACUUGGUAGCCGCCGGGAUGGCGAUCAGUAUGGACCUGUUAUCUGUCACUGAAAAGACGUUGUUAAACGCUGUUUUUGAGAUUGUCAACAACGACAGGUAUCAGGAAAACGCUAAUAUCGCUUCCAGACGGUUUAAAGACCGACCCAUGUCACCCGCGGAGUCGGUGGUUUACUGGACAGAGUACGUUUUGCGUCAUAAAGGAGCGCCACAUUUAAAAUAUCAUGCUAUGAAUCUGACAUGGUAUCAAUACUUUUUGGUUGACGUAAUUAGCACAAUUUUAUUCAUUGCUUUUUUCGUCUCGUUCAUAAUAUAUUAUGGCCUAAAAUUGAUUUGGAAGCACAUAUCCAAAUUUUUCCAUACUGUCAAAUCAAAACGUGAAUAA